CGGUUGUUUUUUUUAUUCAACGCAAACAUUCCCUUGCACUUCCAGUUCGCUAGAACCAAAAUUCAGUUUGCUGAAAAUUAUUUGAAUUAUUCUUUAAAUUUAGCAAAUGUUCUAGUAAAUUUUUACUCUCCACCAGUGCGAUAAAAUGUCCGAAGUGAGAGCGAAGAAAAUUCUCACGGAUUUGGUGAAAAAAUCAGGAUGCACCUACUCCGUGGACAACAUCCUGACCAUGUUUCGAAACAAGGAUGCCAAGUACAGCAACAAACGGCUGGGGGCGCUGCUCACGCAACUGUUCAAAACCAUUCCGAAUGGGGCCAAGUACGUGGACGAGUUCGUAUCGUCCAAUCCGAAGGACUCGUACGCGGCUUUGGUGCUGUUGUUGAACAAUUUUCUCCAGGACUGCAAGAACCUACAGGCGGAGAAGUCGACGGUGGCUGCCCAGGUGCAGCCUCCGGUAAUAGAUUCCGUUUCCAAGCGGGCGGCUAUCUUCGAAAGUCCUCCGCUGUCAUCCACACGGAUCGUUUCGGACCAGCAGAUUACCCCGGAAAAUGUCCAGGAAAUCAAGGAGAAGAUUGUGAAGGCAACGUCCGGUUCGGCGGUGAACCGGUCGUCUGGAGUGAUUCCGGCUGCUCUGGUGCCCCAGACGUUCGAGUAUAUGGCCAAGAAGGGAACGAUCGUUUCGUGGAACUUCAACUACGAGGAGCUGUAUCCGAUGCAGAACAAGAAUGUGGCCGCUAUUCCGCUGAGCUCGCAGGAACCGAUCGUGAUGAAGGAACUGCUGGACUGCUUGGUGGGGGUGAAGGGGUCGCUCAUUGUGCCGAAGAAGAGCAUCCGGACCGUGGGUCUGUUUCCGGUUGAGUUUGAAGUUUCGGAUCAGAUCGAGGAAUCACUGAGGGAUAUUGUGCGGGAGAUUCUUCCGCUGGCGUCGCAUUAUUCACAGGUACAAGAUUUUAUCGCAGCGUCUAGCUCUCUGGAAAGUGGACAGGUCUUGCAGGCCCUGCGAGCCGCGCUCCAAGCCAUCAUCAAAGAUUACUAUCUCUCGAUAACGCAGUUGGAGGAUCUGUUCCUUAAGCAGGCACUCACGUUCCAUAAGCUGUUGUACUUCCUGCGGCCGGUUUUCCACACGAUGGAAGUGCUGGCGGAGACGGUAACGGCCAUCCGGCAAACAAACUGCCGAGGUGGAACGGUUUUGACGCUUCUGUAUGACAAGAUCAUUGCAACCACGGGAGAUGAGAAAAGUCGAAAGGUGUUGAUCCAUUUGAUCGAGAUGGCUGCCGUUCCGUACAUGGAGAUGCUGCAGCUGUGGAUUUUCAACGGAGUGAUUCAUGACACGAGGAAGGAGUUUCUGGUCGAACACCACGCGAUGGAUCUAAACGAAAACGAUAUGAUGGAUUAUUGGGAGAAGCAGUAUAUAAUUCGAACGGACAAAGUCCCUUGUUUCUUGAACGAAUACGCUGAUAUAAUACUGCGGACCGGAAAGUAUCUAAACGUGAUCCGAGAAUGUGGAAGUUCCGUGGACUACCAACAGAAUGUCUGCGUCGCUUUGAAGUAUACUCAUUCCGACCAUCAAACGUACAUUAAAGCUAUCGAAGAUGCUUACAAUUACGCUUCAUCGUCCCUAUUGAAUCUCAUCAUGGACAAGUAUAACCUUAUGGGACGGUUAUGCUCCGUCAAGCGCUACUUCCUGUUGCAGCAGGGCGACUUCAUCGAUCAGUUCAUGGAUAUCUGCGAGGAAGAUCUCAACAAGGACGUCGAUGAGCUUCGUCCGAUGCGGCUUGAGAAUCUACUCGAAGUCACCCUGAACAUGUCUUCUGCUCGGUACGACGAGUACAACGACGAUCUGAAAACCAUGCUCCUUCCGUACGGCAUUGUGACGCAAAUCUCCAAAAUCGUCAAAAAAGAAGACGUCUUCCUGGACACACUCGGUGACACGUCGCAGCUCAAAGGAAUCGAAUGUUUCACCUUCAACUACAACGCCCAGUGGCCGGUUUCGAUCGUGCUGAACCGCUGGACCAUCUCCAAGUAUCAGAUGAUCUUCCGGCAGCUGUUCUACCUGAAGUACGUCGAGCGGAUACUGUGCCGUGUUUGGAUUGCCAACAACCGGACCAAACAGUUCGCACCGCAAACGGCCAAACUGUACCGGUCGGCGUUCACCUUGCGGCAGAAGAUGCUCAUUGCCAUCCAGAGUUUUGAGUCGUACAUGAUGAUCGAGGUGAUCGAACCCAACUGGCAUCAUUUCUAUCAGAAUAUUAAACAGAUCAAAAACGUGGACGACGUUCUAAAAUACCAUCAGGACUUUCUGGAUCAGUGCAUCGAGAACUGCAUGCUCACCGAUCAGGAUCUGCUGAAAUCGAUCAUCAACCUCUGCAACAUCUGCAUCCAGUUUUGUACCUUCCUGGCGGAGGCACAGCGACAUUUCGUUGACGCCGAGCUCUGCUCGAUGCUGGCCUCCACCGACGAAUUUUCGCUGUCCUCCGAGUCGGACUAUGACUUUGCAUGCCAGCAGGACGCCACUUCGAUGGAACCAACGGAAACUUUCUCCGAACGAGUUGAGCGCUUCCACUCCGAUUUCACCAACCAAUUGAUGUCGCUGCUGCGGAAGAUCACCGACAUUGCCACGCAAAACCCGUCGCAAAAGUUCAUCAAUCUUAUCCACAGAAUUAACUUCAAUUCCUACUACAGUGAUAACUUUGACAGCUAGGAAGCGCACAACACUCCCGCAAAGGUUGGUAAUAACUCUAAUCCACUAUACCUUAUUCUUAUGGACUCGUGUUGCCAAAGUGGUCGUCGUCGUAUCGAAGCUUGAAUGAAAGGCACACUUUUACGUUCCUCCAGACCAUUUUAACUAAUCUCAAAACGCUUAUCGGCCAACGUUAUAGACAAUGAGUACGUACCUAGAGAGCGAAAGUGUAUUUUAGAUGAUAUCUCAGUGUAAAGAAGCCCGAAGUUCGGUCCCAGUUUCUCGAAUUAAGAAUAAUGCAAUGUUUUCAAUUACAAGCUGAAGCUAUAUUCGAUAA